UACUAUUAAUUUGAAGGUGUGUGUCUAUAAAUUAGUCUUCGUUUAUUCUCCCGCCGUUAGUUUACGAAACUAAAGUCAGCAAGAGAAAAUGGCGGCACUUGCCAAAAUAAGGUUUAAACAUGGCCCACUGGAUCAGUGGUCCACGAAGGAACAGCUGGCACUGGCUUCAUCUGUUAUGCGAAGUGGAGAUCAAAACUGGGUAUCUGUGAGUAGAUCAGUUAAACCACAUGGAGAACCAGACAGACCUUCUGAUUGGUUUUCACAGAAGAACUGUGCACUCCAGUAUUCUGAAUUACUUGAAAAAGUUGAAACACCAAAGAGAAAGCGUGGGGAAAAAGGGGAGGCAACUGACACAUUAACUGAACAAAUUGUACGGAAACUGACAGAACAACGAAUAGAAGAAUUGAAGAAAAUAGUUAUUGAACAACAGCAAAAAUAUAAGAAAUUAAAGAAAGAUAUUGAAGUGAUAAAGUCUGGACAGCUUGAUGAUAAAUUACCGGAAAUAUGGGAUGCCAUGCUCGAAGAAAGAAAACAGGCACAACAGCUUGCCAUGGAAAACAGACGACGAUCUGCAGAUAAAACGGAGACACAAGUCUCAAAUAAACAGAAAAAGAUCAGUGAGAUGAAACUAGGUCCACCAAUGGCAGUGACAACAACUACAACCACAGCAACUACAACAACAGUAGUAUUACAAGAUCUAGAUGAUACUACCAAUGAUUCAUUAGAUAGUGGUGGUAUUGAUGUCUCUGUUUUAUCAGAUGACAGCUUGAAUCAGCCUCUAUUAGCUGCACCUACAACAAUGACUUUAACUAUUCCACCACCUAUAUUACCUACAGCUGAUGGUAGAAAUAAAUCUGGUCCCCCUACUUCCCCCCUUCUGUCCUCCCUUCUACAGAGCAAGCUUAAAUCAGCUGAUAGUCUACAACUACUUAAACUAGAAGCCGAAGAAAAACAUCAACAACAGAUAUUGGCCAAUCAAGCAGCAGCUGCUACAGAAGCAGCAAAUCUAUUGUCUGAAGCAGAUGUUGAUAGUAAAUUAAAUCUAUUAAUGGCACCUACUGCUCAGAUAGAAACGUCUACACCUACAGUUACUCCCACAAUAGGUGCUCCAACAUUAUCUAAACUUCUAUUUCCACCAAUAAAUACUAUAGCUGGUAUGACUGUAUCAACCCAGUCAGUUACAGGCUCUGUCGUAGUAGAUAAACCAGCAAUGACACUAGAAAUAAAAACAGAGAGUGAAGAAUGUUUUUUGGACCCGAACAUACAAGUCAAAGAAGAGAUAAUAAGGGGAGAUAAUUCUAAGUUGAUUGAUAUAGAACAUGCUACAGAGGUUGUAGUAACCGAUGGUGAUAGUCAAACAACCACAUCUACAGCUCCUGAUGAUCCUGGUCAAGUUUCCCAGGAUGAAAGUGAGGCUGGUUCAGGAUUUCCUAAUAUAGAAAUAAAGGAAGAACCACCCUCACCAGCGAGUAGUGUAUCAUCUAAAAUCAGUGAAAGUGGUGGAAAAUCAACUCGCAGUAAAUCUAGACGUAGUACGUCGUCUAGAGGUGGUAAGAAAAGUAAAAGGAUUACAAGAAGAAGUGUGGUGGAGAAAGACGAUACAAGUUCUAAACAUAGUGAAGCUGAAUUUACAGAUGAUGAUUUAGCCAGAGAAAGUGAUGAGACUGGUUCAAUCACAACUACACUUCAUACUGGUAGUGCAUUGUGGGUUGAUUCUGUCCCUAAUAGUCCAGCCUCUUUGUCAAUGUGUUCUGAUACAGAGGAUGAAAAAGCUUUUAAAAUCUGGAAAAAAUCCAUCAUGCUAGUAUGGAGAACAGCAGCCAACCACAAAUAUGCUAAUGUAUUUACACAUCCAGUAACCAAUGAAAUAGCUCCUGGUUAUCUGAAUGUUGUUCAUAGACCUAUGAAUCUGACGUUAAUAAAGCGUAAUAUAGAAUCAGGAGUUUUACGAACGACGUCUGAGUUCCAACGUGAUAUGAUGUUAAUGUUUACUAAUGCUAUCAUGUAUAAUAGUUCCGAUCAUAAUGUUUACAAGAUGGCCGUAGAGAUGUAUGAUGAUGUCAUGGAAAGUAUUGAGCAAUUUGUUCAUACUCAGUUAAUGGUUGCCAGUAAUGAAGCAAAAUCUCUUCGAACAUCACGGCGAUCAGAAACUGUUGAUAAGGAUGAAGACCCAAAGAAACGUCGACCAUCAUGUGACCAACCUCCAGAAGGAGGAAAAACCAAGAGACGAAAAACAAGAGCUGAUGAUACAUGAAAUGAUCUCUGGACUUUACGUUUGUGUAUGUUAUAAAAUCAUGGCAAGAGAUCCUGUUUAUUACAUAGUAUUCUAGCUUAUUGUCUAAAAGCUUUAACUGUAUCCAAAAACUGUUGUGAAAGACAGCUUCGAGUUGUAAUUGUGUUCAAAUGUCAAAAAAUCAUGCAGUGUUAAUCAAAUGAAAAUUUAUGGCACGUCAAUGUUUUACACAGAUAUCGUAACUUGUGUGAGUGUGUUUACAAUUUUGAUUAAUUCUCAUGGGAAGACUUACAUAAAUUCACACGUAUUAUAGAAAUAACCAAAUUAUUGAUGUUACUCUUAAUCAAAAUCAUGGUAUAUCGCUCAUUCACUUGAUUUAAUAUGGUUGCUUUCAGUUGUUUGAUGAGUUUUGAGGUGUAUUUGUUAGGCCUCUUGUACUCGCUAUUGACACAUAUUAAUGACAAUGAAUAUCAUGACCUGAAGAAUUACCUUACGGUAUAUUGAACAAGAACAAUCUGCUUUCAUUUGACGAGUCCUAUUGAUGGAUAGGGGUGCUAUGUAGGCCAAGUUUUCCAUAUACGAUGAGAUGGUUGUAAUAAAAAGAUGAAUUAUUUCUGAAUACUGGUCAAACUGAUGUUCAUUUGUAUGUUUGUACUGUUUUUGUAUUCACCUAAAUUCUCUCGCGUUAAAUAGAGUAAUAAGUUUAGUAUGGUCGUGAAUCAGCUUUUUUUUAGGAAUGUAAACUUCAGCUUACUAUAACUGUAUUUGGAAACAAGCAAACAGAAAUAUCGAAGCAACAAGAUACAGAACUGAAUUAGGGACUAAUUUGAUUCUAGCCAUUGGCAUGUCUCACCAAAGAAUCAACUUUAUUCUAUCAUUCUAGUUAUGCUGACAGUGCAUGUUUAUAAUUGUUAUGAUAUUGUACUUGGUUUAGUAGAUUUCUUGUAAUAAAGAACAUCAUAACUAUCA